AAUUUUUUUUUGGACAUAAUUAGAACAAACUUGAAUCAAUAUCAAUACAUCGCAGUAGCCGUUAUAACACUUCAAUUUCAUCUUUCACACAAUCACUACUCAUUUCAAUUCAAUGGCUUUUCGCUCCUUCUUCCUCUCAUUUCCUUCCAAAAUCACAAACUCCAAAACCCUCAUAAACCCUAACCACACCUUCACCCUCCAAUUCUCAACCUCUUUUCUCGUCACCAAAACCCCAAAAAAGCUCAAGAAAAAACACAAACCCAAAUCAAGCCCCCGAACCAACCCAAUCCAAACCCAGCCAAAUCGCAUAACCCAAUUCGAACGAAUCGUACAACGCGACGCCCUAACAAAAUUCGUAACAAAAUCAAAACAGUAUCUCUCCAAUCAACCCGAACAUGUUCUCCAGCUCGACGACGCCGGUAAACUCCACCGCGAACUCGGCUUCCCCCGCGGCCGGAAGGUUUCCCGAUCCAUUCAACAGCAUCCUCAACUCUUCCAAACCUACCGCCACACAAACGGCAAAAUGUGGCUCGGAUUCACCGAUCUCAUGGAAGAACUCCUCGCCGAAGAACAAUCCGUUAUGGAAUCAAUGGAACUCGAUCGUGUCGAUAAGGUUGGUAAGCUUCUCAUGAUGUCCGCGAAUCACCGUAUUCCGCUUAGUAAAUUGCAUCACUGUAGAAUCUUAUUUGGUUUACCUGAUGAUUUUCGUGACCGUGUUGUGAAGUACCCUAACUAUUUCCGUGUUGUUGUAGAUGACAACAAUGACGGAAAGCAUGUUCUUGAGUUGGUUAAUUGGGAUCCGCUUUUGGCGGUGAGUGCGCUCGAAAGAGAGUUUGUUGUUAAUGAGGAAGGUGCUAAGAGGAAGUUUCAUUUUCCUGUGAAGCAUGGGAAGGAUUUGGAUUUGGAAUUGGAUGAUAAGAGGAAGUUGAAUUUGUUAAACGCGCUUCCGUUGGUUUCUCCGUAUUCGGAUGGUUCGAAAUUAGAUGUGUGGACUUUGGAAGCUGAGAAGUAUAGGGUUGGAUUGAUUCAUGAGUUUUUGAAUUUGACGUUGGAGAAGAGAGCUUCGAUUCAUCACCUUGUUGAGUUUAAGGAGGAGUUUAGUUUGACUAAGCAUACUUAUCAUAUGCUGCUUAAGCAGCCGAGGGCGUUUUAUUUGGCGGGAACUGAGAUGAAUUGGGUUGUGUUUUUGAAAGAUGGUUAUGAUAGAAACGGUGUUUUGAUUCAUAAGGAUCCUCAAGUGGUGUUCAAUGAGAAGCUUUAUAAGUAUGCUCAGAUACAGGAUGAGGAAAUGGAACCCGGUUCUGAUGUUGGAUUGGAAAAUCAACCUAUCACUUGAAAACUUUUUCAACAAUGGAUUAUGAACAACUUAAAAAGGGUUUUUGGAUUAAGAAAAGAAACAUCGAUUCAAUGGAGAAAUUUAAGUUAGUGUCCUGAGAAUUGCAUGGAUGGCAAAGAUUUUAGGUUCGCCAACUUUACUAUUUUAUCAUCUAGUAAUGCCAUGGUUUCGGCUGCGAAGGUCCAACUGUGCAGGCUGUCAGAUUUGUUUACAGUAUUUUCGGACCACUUGAGUUCAUCCAUUGUUAAUCAAUUUUUCAUGGUUGGAGAAAAGGAGAUCUACUUGAAUUAUUAUUUUAUGGGAAGUUGUUAUAAGGGAUGUGCUAGGGUAUCUGGUCAACUUCACUGAAUAUGCGAGUCAGUGUAUUUCUUGCAUUAACAGGAAGAGUAUACAAACCUCUUCAUUUUGAGUGAGUCCAAGUUAUGAAUAUAAAUAAUAAGAUAUGUGUAUAGUAAGUAGCCUAGUAAGAUAGAUCAUCGAUGGUGCUUGACCAAAAGUUCUCAGCUGUCUUGUUCAGAUUCAGGU